AUGCUCGAACGCGUUCAGGCGAAAGAUUUGAGAAACGAUUCCAGUGUAUAUCAGCAUGCACGAUCGAAGGCUAGGUUGGAAUCUCGCAGUGGCAAAGGAGCGUUUGUGUCCGCCGCACCGCUUCCACACCGCGUCGGGCCUUGCGGUACUUUGAACAACCUGCGUCAGGGUCAGUACGUCCAAGUUAUUGCGCUUCGUACUCCUGCAGUUGAGGAGCCCGCGAGAAACCUGAGUUUGAGGAACUCGAAGCGAAGACGCGAGAGCGAAGCGACCUCGGAAGCGUCUAUACCCCACUGGCCAGCUGCGUGCACCUGCAUGGCCUGGUCGGACGGAAGGCUUAUUGUCUAUGCACAUGAUCGUGUGCCUUCUGUUGAAGGCAACGGGGAUGGGGCUAGCCUGUCCGAAAGCCCUGGAUGCAUCUUAGUGGGAAAGUGGCGAGACGAUCCGUCGCUGUCGCCGGAUCUCUCGCUAGCGGCAAUGAAUCAGCUUGGUGCGGGGCCGUUUUUAGGAAGGAUCACGGCGCUGCAGUGUUCUUUUGACGAGUCGAACGAGUUUGAGCCCGCGAAACGGCAGCGCAGUCAUGUCGUAGACCCAAGUCCUGCAGCCAACGCGGAGCAGCUGAAUCGCUUUCCCGCCGCCCCGGAGCAAGGAUACCCGCAAGCGCGUACGAGGCUCUUGAUCGUCGUCGGCUACGAGAGCGGUGCCCUGCGUCUCUUCACUGUUGAUAUCAGUCGAUGCGUAGAUUUGAACGCUUCCCAGCGUCGUCAAACGAAGACAGGAAGCGAGAUCGACUUGGCGCUAACACUUGAACUUUGUGACGUCUGCCGCUUGCCAGGCCGGAUCGAAUCCUUGGUGGUAUCGGCACAUUCCCCGCGACAGGAGGAAUAUUUGCGAGGCGGUUGCCUCCAGCAUGUAUACGCGGUAUGUCGCGACAGCGACCCGAUUGUUUGGGCAUUGCAAGUGCGACGCUCCUCAGACAGAACUGUGGAUGGCCAGUGCAAUGCCGUCUAUUGCUGGAGUGAUACACAGCACCAUCGAAGGUUGCGCAUCAUGCACACACGCGGAACUUCAUUGCAGGCCUUGGCGAUUUCCCCCACAGAUCGCUACCUUGCUGUCGCUGCGGGUGAGUGCCUUAGCGCUUACGAGCUUCCGCGAUGGUGUGCGGACGCACGGGAGCCCGGUGCGUCCCGGGACGUAGAAGUUGAGCGAAUAUGGCGCUUCACGGGGCACUCGAGUACCAUAUGCUGUCUUGCAUUCGCAGGACCUGUGCUGCUGGCGAGUGCAGCGCUCGGCGAUACUCUGAUUUCACUCUGGAGACUGGAUCAAGAGAAUAGUUCGGCUCUUCACUCAGAAAAUGCCAAUUUUAUCGAGAGCCCGCCCUGGCGUUCUGUGCUCUGCCAUGCGGUGAACAGUGCGCCUGCAUCAGUCGUCCAGCUGGUGGCUGCGGAGCACUCGCCAGAGGCGCGCUUGCCAUCGAUGAAGCGUGCUGCCGACACUUCCCGCACGACGAACGGUAUCUGCUCGUCGGGUACAGCGACGGACCACGCCCUGGAUGAGCACCCAGUUGGUCGAGAUGCGGUAUCUCCUAGAGCGUCAAACGCCGCCGAUGCGGACUCUGCUCGCAUUGCGAUGGAUGCCAGCCCCGAAACGUUUCUGCUGGCCGUGCUCGGGGACGGCAGUGCACAGCUAUUCGGGGUGAAAGAGCGCCUAUCAACACCUGGCCAGGUGUCGGCGAUGAAAGCUGGCGAGAAGCGCUCGACUGUGCUCCAUCCGCUGUUGAUAUUGCAGCCACAGGAGCCUUGCUUUAGUGGUGCUUCAGUUAUGCGCUGGGUGAACAAUGCCGGCGAGCAGCAGCUUGGCUUUGCCUUGUUUUACGGAAGCCUUCAGCAACCAAAAAUUGUGUUUGUGCCGCGGAAGCUGUGGUCGCAGGACGCGCCGACAAUGAACGGUAGCGAGAGCGGUGCGGCGCCCGUCAUCAGUCUCCAAAACGAUGCGCUAUCAAAAGUCGAGCACCAGCGAUCGUCGAACGUCGCACGUGCGAACAGCAACCCGAUCUCAUCCGACAGUGUGCAUACCAACGAAAAUACUCCGGUCUUGAACGGGGCUCGAGCGAAUCACUCGGGUGGCAUCCUGGGGUACGCGCAGCUGCCCGUUGAAGCAUCGGCACCUUCGGAUUCAGAGCGAAAGAAACACGCGCUGGAUACGCAAACCAUGCCGCCGAGCCUGUCGCUGACUUCCAGCGUCGUCGCAGAUGGUGCGGAUGGCGUAUGCACCAGUAUACAGCGGAUUCCUGGGAAUGACGAGCACGGAGCGGCAGCGAAUGUUGGCAUGAAGCUGAACGCUGUUGAGGCGGCAUCGCACCAGAAAACCGCGCUCUUGCCAGAGCCCGUAGAUCCAGCAGCGUCUUCUGCGAACAUUAUGGCUGGGAACGAGCUCUUAUCGCUAGCCGAGCAACUUUCGUAUGUGCAGCAGCAGGCGAGUGUUGCAUCGGCACCCGAGCUGUUCAACAAGAGUUCCGGAGAGCGCCCGCUGGCAGUGGACACCGUCGCAACCUUGAUUGUUCAAGCGUUGGAUGCAAACGAUAACCAGUUGUUGGACAGGGCACUCGCUGCAGUCCAGACCGCAGCUGGCGCAUCUCGCACUGUGCGGAAACUGCCCGCGCGCGCGAUCCUCUCGUUACUUGGAGCGUUGGUGGCGCGUUUUUGUUCACAUUCUGUUCGUGCACCGGCAUUAUCAUUGUGGAUUCGAGCAGUUAUUCGAUGUCACGCUCCUUUUUUGCUCAGUCAGCGUGAUGCUCGCUUGCCGCAGCACGGUGCGAAUUUGCAAUCUGUUCGCGAGGCGAUGGUCGCGCUGUAUUACGCCAUUGAGGAGCAGCGUCGCCUGCGGGAGGCACUCGUCCGCCUCGAAGGCCGCCUCGAGCUUAUCAUGGCAUUUGCGCAGUCGGUAUCAUUCUCUGGGCAGCCGCAGCCGCAGCAACCAGUCUCCAAGUUGCGAAGGAUCAUUCGGGAGCGACCAGUUCACGUACAGGCGCAGACAGCAGAUGAAGAGGUAGCCUCCGUGGCCGACACGACCUCCAGUACGUCCACAACGAGCUCAUCUUCACCGGAUGCGAGCGAUUCGAGCGGAAAUUCAAGCUCCGAAGAAUCCAGCGCUCUAUAG